GAAUUCUCCUUCCACUCGGUGAGCGGAGGCCGGGCGGGCGUCACACGACGGAGGCUCCGGCCUGGCACGAGGAGAACGGAAUUCGGACAGCGCCACCAAGGAAGUUCUGGAUCGGUUCCGGCAUCGCCUGGCUCCCCGAGGGAUGGGCCGCUCUGCAGUCCGGCCGAACGCGGGGUCGGCGCUCCUCAAAGCACAGGAGGGAGGAUAAGGGGCCGUCGUUGUCGUCGAGCUGGGCCGGGCCCGGCCGAUCACCAGGAACUCCAGUGGAUGGACUCGGCCCCCCGGCGUUCUCCCACCUGGCAGUCGGGAGGCACCUCGGGGGUCGGCCUUGAGAAUGAACGGUGAUGUCCUCUAGCCCCCCGUGACGCCGCGCCCCCGUCCGUGUCUGGUCGCUCCCUCCAUGCGCCGCGGCCCGCGGGACCCCUGACCCCUUCUGCGACAGAGCCCGCCGGGGCCCCGCCGGUCAGCUAUGACCGUCCAGAAACUGGUGGCCACGGCUGUCCUGGUGGCCCUCGUCUCCCUGGUGCUCAACAACGCCGCGGCCUUCACCCCCAACUGGGUGUACCAGGCCCUGGAGGAUGGGCGCAAGCGCAGCGUGGGACUGUGGAAGAGCUGCUGGCUGGCGGAGAGGGGCCGGGCGGUCACCGGAGGAGCAGGGGCCGGGCACGGGGAGGAGCGCGAAUGCGAGGCCCUGAGCUGGGGGUCCGAGUCGGCCGGCUUCCAGGAGUCCCGCAGCACCGUCAAACUGCAGUUUGACAUGAUGCGGGCCUGUAACCUGAUCGCCACCGUGGCCCUGACGGCGGGCCAGCUCAUCUUCGUCUUGGGCCUGUUGGAUCUGCCCCUCGUUUCCCAGGAUACCCAGUGGUGGGAGGAAGCCAUCGCCGCUCUGUUCCAACUGGCUAGUUUUGUCCUCGUCAUUGGCCUGGUGACCUUCUACCGAAUCGGCCCGUACACCAACUUGUCCUGGUCUUGCUACCUGAACAUCGGGGCCUGCCUCCUGGCCACGCUGGCCGCUGCCAUCUUGAUCUGGAACAUUCUCCACCGGCGGGAGGACUGCAUGGCUCCCCGCGUCAUCGUCAUCAGCCGCACCCUGACCGCCCGCUUCCGCCGGGGCCUGGACAACGACUACGUGGAGUCCCCGUGCUGAGGGGGCCACCUUGGGAG